AUGAUCAUUAAAGUUGUUCUGGAAACAUACAAGGUCAUAUUAAAUGCUAACGAAAAUGCUAACGCGGGAACGAACGCUGUCGUCACUCGCUCCAAGGCUCAGGCAACAUCCAAGCCCUCUACUUCUACCAAUGCUGUUGCGGGAAAGUCCAGGGCCACAGCUCCCACAGCAGCAUCGAAAGCGAGAGUUGUCAAGAAGGAGAAUGCCCCCCAACCCGCCGUGAAACGCAAACGCGAGGCUCUGACUGAGGUUCCAAAGAAGAUUGAAGGAGUCAAGGGGAAAGGGAAGGCUGUAGAUGAUGCGACGACGAAGCCAACCACCAAAGUGCCAACCCGUCAGCCACUCUCGACAGUGGGGGGCAGCGCUAUACCUGUUCGGAGAGUGACUCGGAGCUCGGUGAAGGUGGCACAGCAGGUCAUUACGGAGGAGCCGAAACCCAGUACUUCCGUAGUCGACAGGCCAAGAUCCCCAGUGUUCACGCGUCCCAAACCUCCCUCGAAAUUGCCACCCGUUGUCGAAGUCGAGGACGUUGAAGAUGACCCAGAAAUUCAACGUGCGCACAAAAAGCUGCAUACGUCACCUCCGGAAAUGCUGGACAAUUCCACAAUCGAGGUCGAAGAUGUAGCUAACCUCCUCUCGGCGCCAUCGCAGCCUCAACUCUGGGACGACUUGGAUGAAGAAGAUCACGAUGACCCAGCGAUGGUUAGCGAAUACGUAAAUGACAUAUUUGCCUACCUUAAAGAAGUGGAACUGACCACUAUGCCGAACCCAAACUACAUGGACAUGCAACCUGAGCUAGACCAUGUGAAACGUGGAAUCUUGGUCGACUGGAUUAUCCAGGUUCACAAACACUUCAAGCUCCUCCCAGAAACCCUUUUCCUUUGCAUUAAUCUCAUGGAUCGCUUUCUCUCCGCACGCCCCGUUUCAGCCCCAAAGUUCCAGCUAGUUGGCCUCUCAGCAUUCUACGUCGCCUGCAAAUUCGAAGAAAUGAUGUCCCCCACCGUCGAAGAGAUGGUCUAUCUGUCUGGCGGCCAAUACACCACCGAUGAACUAUUCCGCGCAGAACGGUUCAUGCUCAAAACGCUCAACUGGAACCUCAGCUAUCCGAGUCCCAUGAACUUUCUGAGAAGGAUCAGUAAAGCCGAUGACUUGAACAUCGAAACACGAACAGUUGGAAAAUACUUAAUGGAGAUCGCCUGUGUCGAUUGGGUGUUGAUGGCUACGCCCCCGUCACUUCUUGCAGCCGCAGCUAUGUGGCUUGGACGCUUGGUCCUCGGUCGAGAGGAAUGGACUCAUAAUCUCAUUCAUUACUCAUCCUAUUCGGAAGAGGAGGUUAUUCCCAUCGCAAAUAUGAUGGUCAACUACGUCCUUAGCGAGCCUCCUCAUGUGAAUCUCUACGCCAAAUACGCCGCUAAACGGUAUAUGAAGGUUAGUGUCUAUGUCCGCCAAUGGGCGCUCAACCACUGGUCUGAAGGCGACGAAAUUAACCUGACCGACGACCUCUCCAUGCUCAAAAUCGAAGCAAGAGAACUACGACUCAAAGCUGAAGAAGAGGCCGAAAUUCCCGUUUGA